CUUAUUACAGUUAAUAUAACACAUAAUCACUUGACCAAAUGGUAUAUAUAAACAUCUGAAAAUGUAGUUUGGUAAUUGAAAUUCCAUCAGUUCAAAUACAGAAAAGGAACCCACAAAAUGAUGUUGUUUGUUGCAGUCCUAUUUGUUGUAGUAGUAAACAGUGCAGUUAACGGUACUCAGUACGACUGCAGAGACCAUGAAAAAAGUUGUAGAGACUGGGCCGGUACUGGACAAUGUGUGAAAAACCCAGGUUAUAUGACUGUUAACUGUUGUCGAAGUUGUUACGGUUGUAUUAACCAGGACCCAAGUUGUCGUUCCUGGGCUAAAGAUGGGCAAUGCUAUAAGAACCCGGAAUACAUGCUAUCAAUGUGUUGUAAAAGUUGCCGUACUUACCCUAGGGGAGUAGGAGUACUAAGGAGGUAGGCAGGUUAUGAAAACAUGGACAGCAAUGAGGCUUACAUAUUUAACAAUAAAAUAUAUGUAACUAC